CAUCCAUCCACACAGGCAAGCUCUGCCCUCUCUUUAACCCAGGAUCCCAACCUCAAAGUCAGACAUGGACGAGGCCAAAGCUCCCUCCAACAUGAUGGUGCUGGCGUUUAAAGAGGACACUGCACUGACGGAGAUGAUGCGUCUUCGUGUGUCGUCUUUGCAGCAGUCAGGGCAGAAGCGGCAGGAUGGUGAGCGGCUGCUUCUUCCCCACGAGGCCGUGUAUCGACUGGACUUCCAAACCCAGGAGCUGAGCUUCUCCCGCUGGAACUUCUCCCUCUCCGGCCAUGGUCGCGUCACCAUCACUGGUAUUUCCCAGCACUGGACCCCUGACCUCACCAACCUGAUGACCCGUCAGCUGCUGGAACCCAUCGGAACCUUUUGGCGUAACGCUGACGACCCGGAGGCUUCGCCGCUCAAAUGCCUGGAGGCAGACAUGCAGGAGUUUGGCGAAAGGAUUGCGGAGCUGGCCAAGGUCAGGAGGGUCAUGUACUUCCUGUUUGCUUUCAAAGAUGGGGCAGAGGCCGCAAAUCUCAGCUGCUCUCUGGAGUUCUCACCAGAGAAAUGA